AUGGCGCACGCGAGCGUACACCGUGUCGACCUACCAGAGUCGAAGCCGGACCGCACCCGAGCGUCGACGGUCGUUAUCAAAGUUCAACCACCGUCCACGCCUCCUUCAUAUACCACGUCCACUCUAUUGCGCGCCUUCGAUCGAGCUUGGCCUGCGCCCUUGCGAGCAGCCCUCGCACGCAAGGGCCCGCCGCCCACGACCCACGCCGAGACCAAGAUUACGUCUGCAUUCAAGCACCCAUAUCCCGCACCCCGACGGAAACGCAGAGCAGCCAAGUUUGGUGUCCCACCGCGCCGACUUGGAGCGCCAACGUUCGUUCGUUCGCUCGGUCGAUCGAUCGACGAUUACACGUAUUCAGCCUCUUUCUUCUUCUUCUUCCGAGUAGGUCGGCGGUCGGCCGCCGCGUCGUAA